CAUCUGACACUGACUGCAAGAGAGAGAGAGAGAGAGAGAGAGAGAGAGAGAGCCGCACAGGUAUCCAGCAGUAAAAGUGUUCAAGUCUCCCUGCUAGUCUACCUAGCGACACUCCCACCCACCCACCUUCCUCUCUCUGCGUGACACGGAUUGGAGAGUCCGGCACCGGUGUGUGUGUGCGCCUCGGCUUCUUCUUCAUCAUCCUCAUCAUCAUCACCAUCAUCAUUACCCCGCUUGGGUCACCUUAGUGUUCCGGCUACCGGCGUUCUCCAUCUCCCGAAGAUGAUACCUGGCAAGCGGAGAGCUGCAGUCAUGUCCUUCUCGGUGGCGAUAUUUGGAGCCUUGAUGCUGCAGUCGGUCUCUUCCCAGAACGAGCCGUCAAUCACCGCCUCUGAACACACCACACUCCCCGUGGAAGGCGACUCUUUCACGCUGCAGUGCAACCUGACCAGCGCCCACAGUGUCCACCAGGAGAGCUACUGGAUGAAGAACGGGGAGGAGAUCCCGGAAACACGCUCCCCAAAUAGGAACACCGAGUACAGGGUGAACAAACCAAGAGGAGACUCCGCCGGAUUGUACAUGUGUGUCUACACCUUCGAGUUGACUCCUCCAGCCAACGCCACCAUCGAGGUUAAAUCUGCUCCUGACAUUACCGGCCACAAGCGCAGUGAGAAUAAGAAUGAGGGCCAGCGUGCUGUACUAUACUGUAAGUCCGUCGGUUAUCCUUACCCUGUCUGGACCUGGCGCAAGUUUGACAACGGCAUUUAUCGGGAAAUUGACAACACAAGCGGACGCUUCUUCAUCAACAGCAAAGACAACUACACUGAGCUCCACAUCAUCAACCUGGACAUUGGUCUAGAUCCAGGCGAGUACCAGUGCAAUGCCACCAACAUAAUCGGCAGCCGCGAGGAGAAGUCUGUGCUGAGGGUUCGCAGCCACUUGGCCCCAUUGUGGCCUCUCCUUGGGGUUUUGGCCGAGAUCAUCAUCCUGGUCAUCAUCAUCGUUGUUUAUGAGAAGCGUAAGAAGCCAGAGGAUUUACAAGACGAUGAUGACCCGGCAGGACCAGUGAAAACUAAUUCAACCAACAACCACAAAGACAAGAACCUCCGCCAGAGGAACACAAACUGAGCAGCCUGUCUGCUGAGUUUCAUUACACAUGUAUUGACCAUAUGAAGGUAAAUAAGAAGGGAAUCCAUACCAGUCGUUCAUAGGAUUUGUCUGCCAUUAAAAGUAUGGUUGUGGAGGGGUUCAGUGAGGCAUGCCUUAUGAUUUUGUUGUGUGAGAGUGCGAGGUCAGGAGGUACUCAAACCAUUAUGGGAUUGUUAACAUUAUAACCACUGUUGCUGCAUGCAGUUGUUGACGUUUAUGAUUUUUUUCCUUCCUAUCCACUAAUUUUAAUAUUUUUACUACUUCUAAAAUAAUGCAUGCAAGACUUUGACCUUCUGUUUGAAGGCAGAAAUUUUCCUUUUCCUUUUUCUCUUUUUGUUCUUUUUCUCUGAGAGUGGCUUCAUGUAGAUAAUCUGUGUGUUAUAGAGGAAAAACAAAACUGGGCAAUGUAAAAGAAAAUGCCACCAUAACCUGGUAUGACAGUUGUGUAUAGUUUUAUCAUUCUGCUGCAUACCAUUUUCUAAGUUUAAUCAUUUUAUCGGACUAUAUCUAUUACAUUUUAAGGGCUUUGCAAUGUCCCUCUAAAUUUGAUUAAGGUUUACUUAACUGUAUGUAUGUACUGUAUGUGUUAAAUUACUAUAACUAUGUAUCAAAUCAGCAUUAAUAUAAAGACCAUUCAUAUUAUACGAUGCACUUAAAUGUUGAGAAUAAUGAAAAACUGUAUAAAUCUACUUUAAGAGAUCUGUACUAAUCAUUCUAACAUAUUGUUUUAUAAUUAUAUGUGUAUUGUACAGCAUGGCUAUUAUCCUAUGCAAUUAUUAUCCAUAUCAAUAUAUUGAAAAUCAUAGCAGCUUUUAAUUUCUCUGUGACAAAGCUUUAAACUAGUAGGAUCACCAUAGAGCGUUGAUGGCAUACUACACAGCUGCAUGAGUUCUUUACAGCUGGCGUGGGAGGUGGCGAAAGAAGCCCACGUCAGGACUGACACAUGUGAAGCAAAUUGCAAGAUCCCGACUCAUUUUUAAGAAUAAAUAUCUGAAAAAACAAA